GGUCGCACCUUGCGUGUAUAGCGCAGACUUCCGGUUAGGGCGGGUUGAUAGUUACCCGCGCCUCCUCUCUCCUCCCAGACCAGCAGAGGCAGCAGCAGAAGCCGCAGCUCCCGCCAGCCCCUCCCGCCGUCGCCAUUCCUCGCCCGCCCGGCUCUCUCCUCCCCUCCCUCCCCGGGGCCCCUAGCCUCCGGACCGUUCCUUCCUCCCCAUUCCUCCCUUGUUUUCCUACCCCCUUUCCCUAUUUUCUUUCUCGCUCUCACUUUUCCCGCCCUCACGUCCUUUAUAACCCGCAGCAUCGUUAGCAUUCUGUUCUGUGGAAAAAGCAACCUCGCUCUGCAUCAGAGUUAACUCAAAGUCGUGUCUCAUCCUGUGACCAAAGAUUUGACUACUUUGUACAGCUUCUGACAAUAGCCUUGAUCCUAAAGAACUAGACUUAUCAUGGACACCGGUGUGAUUGAAGGAGGCCUGAAUGUUACACUCACCAUCAGAUUGCUUAUGCAUGGGAAGGAAGUUGGAAGCAUUAUUGGGAAGAAAGGAGAAUCUGUUAAAAAGAUGCGUGAAGAGAGUGGUGCCCGGAUUAACAUCUCAGAAGGCAAUUGUCCAGAAAGGAUAAUUACCUUGGCGGGUCCUACGAACGCCAUCUUUAAAGCCUUCUCUAUGAUCAUAGAUAAACUGGAAGAGGAUAUCAGCAGCUCCAUGACCAACAGCACUGCAUCUAGCAAGCCUCCAGUUACCUUGCGUCUGGUGGUUCCAGCCAGUCAAUGUGGAUCCCUCAUUGGCAAGGGAGGUUGCAAAAUAAAGGAAAUUAGAGAGAGUACAGGGGCUCAGGUACAAGUGGCUGGGGACAUGCUGCCUAAUUCUACAGAAAGAGCAAUCACCAUUGCUGGCAUUCCGCAAUCCAUUAUAGAGUGCGUCAAACAGAUCUGCGUAGUCAUGCUGGAGUCACCCCCAAAAGGUGUCACCAUCCCAUACCGGCCUAAACCCUCCAGUUCACCUGUAAUCUUCGCAGGUGGUCAGGUGUCGCGCCAAGCCGGAGGGCACGCAUGUGAGACUGACCUGUGGGAGGGGCGAAGGUCCCACACAGGGGGGGUCUCCCUAGAUGCUGUGGAUCUCCAUGGGGCUUAUACCAUUCAAGGACAGUAUGCCAUUCCUCAGCCUGAUCUGACCAAGUUGCACCAACUAGCAAUGCAGCAGUCCCACUUUCCUAUGUCCCAUAGUGGCAACACUGGAUUCAGUGGUGGGAUUGAUGCUUCAGCUCAGGCGACUUCCCAUGAACUCACCAUUCCAAAUGAUCUCAUCGGUUGUAUCAUUGGACGGCAGGGAGCUAAAAUAAAUGAAAUUCGCCAGAUGUCUGGGGCUCAGAUAAAAAUAGCUAACCCUGUGGAGGGCUCAAAUGAUCGCCAGGUGACCAUCACUGGAUCCACAGCCAGCAUUAGUUUGGCCCAGUACCUUAUUAAUGUCAGUCUAGAAAGCGCUAAACCCUCCUCUUCCCAGAGUGCCACGACCCCUGACCACCUCAGCAUCUCUCAACCCUCCACCCUUUCCUCCGCUGCCCCUUCCUCUCUGGUGAUCACCUCCACAGCCGGGGCUUGUGAACCCUCCUCAGCCUCCACCUCCUCUUCCUCAUCCUCGGAUCCACCUUCCAGCCUUCCCACUCCCUCGACUGUCCCUUGUGUCUCCAAUCUGCUUGACAUGAAACCCGUCCCGCUCCUGGCUCUUAAUGUCGUGUCCACCGCCUCCUCCUCUACCUCAUCUUCCUCUGCCGCCCAGCUCUACUCUAAAGUGAAAUCGGAAAAGCAGCGGUUUUCUCCCUACUGAAAUUCCCAUCGUCUUAGAUAAGAACCUUUUGUAUUUCAUUUUUGUCCACAUUAAAUAGUGUUUCUGUUAAAUUCAUUGUAGUUCUUUAAAUGCUAGUGAUGAGCUGUACCCACAAUUGGAUGUUAAUUACUGACUGAAAAAGAUUAGUUUCCCGCUUGCCUUUCUCGUUGUAACCCGCCAGUAGUGUUAGCCGUUGUUCAUAACUUCAUUCACCAUUUGGAAAUGUAAGCAUUGACUGUGAGUGGUUUUAAUUAAUAAUAAAAACAGCCAUCGCUUUAACAACAAA